AUGGAAAAAGCCGCUAUAUCACAGCGCAGGAAGAGGACAGUGUACAGCCAAGAGCAACUGGAUGUCUUGGAGGAGUUCUUCCAAAGAAACGUGUACCCAGAUAUCCACCACCGAGAAGAACUGGCCAAAUUAAUUUAUAUUCCUGAGUCCAGGAUCCAGGUUUGGUUCCAAAACAGAAGGGGAAAGUCCAGACGUGAAAAGGUCAAAUCCACUUAUUUUACAAAUGCAAGUAUGAACUAUUCCAACAUCCAGCAACCAGAAAAUAUCUAUCCUACAGUAUCAACAGCAAAGCAUCCAAUGACUGCCGGUGAACAACCCCAGGUCAUGGUUCCCCAACAACAGCCCAUGUUGAAUGUACCACAAGAUUUGUAUAACCAAUCUUCAGAGUCUAACUCCUAUCCUCAUUAUUCCUGUCCUGUUCUCCAGGAGAGGUUUAUGAUGCACCAGGCUUCACCCAAGAUGUGGCAGCAACAAAAUUCACAAUCUAACAACCAACAGCACUUGUACAAAAGCAUGGCUCAUGUCAUGAGCCCCAAGGCAAUGGACUUGAGCAGAUGA